CACACCAGCUCAAAGCAGUCCUGAGAGACAGUGUGGCUGAUAAACUUGAACUAAUGAACAUGGCCGCAGUAAAGGGAUGUAGUGCUCUGGUCACAGGAGCCAACCGUGGAUUGGGUUUGGAAAUGGUCAAGCAACUCGUUGAGGCCCAUUGCUCUAUAGUCUUUGCUGGAUGCCGUGACCCAGACGGGGCGAAUUCUGAGGCACUGAGAGAACUGGCAAAGAAACAUCCUGGUGUUGUGACUCUUGUGCGCCUUGAUGUCGCUGAUCCAUCCAGUAUCAAAGAGUCUGUGAAGAAAGUGUCAUCUUUACUGGGGAAUAGCGGCUUGAAUCUGCUGGUGAACAAUGCAGCCGUGCUGCAACAGAAAACCAUGCUGAACGCCACAGUGGAGGAGAUGCAGGACACCUUUAACACCAAUGUGAUCGGACCUUUUUUAGUCACCAGGGAGUUUCUGCCUCGCCUGCGUUCAGCAGCUAAAGCAAGCGAUAAACCCGGCAUGUCAUGUGAUAAAGCCGCUAUAAUCAACAUCUCGUCCGACACAGCCUCCUUGAGUCUCGUACACGUGGAGAAAGCAUUUCCUCUCUUCCCUUACAGCAUCAGCAAGGCAGCUCUCAACAUGUUAACAGCUCAUACGGCUAUGGAAUUAAAGGAAGAUGAAAUCCUCUGUGUUUCCAUUCAUCCAGGAUGGGUGAAGACUGACAUGGGGGGAGAUAGGGCACCUCUUACGCCAAGAGACAGUGUGGCGGGGCUUCUGCAUGUCGUGAGCAGCCUUACAGAGAAGGAACAUGGUGGAUUUAUGGACCACACUGGAAAAACGAUGCCCUGGUAAAACCAAAAGAACGCAGAAGACUAGCACAUCUGGAAGCGCACUUCUUCACCUGUUUUCACCCAUGCAGUUGAAUGUAAAAGUUCAAACACAAAAGUUUUAUGGCCAUACAAUAGAAGUCAAUGGGGGACAAUGUUCUUCAAGUCUUCUGUAGAAUAAAACACUGAACAAACUAUACAA